UGGCUGCUCCGGCUCAGACCCAGACACCGACCCGAGGAGCCGAACGAACCCAUCCCCCUCUCCGCCGACGCCUCCGAUUCCGGCGGAGCAGCAGCAGCAGCAGCAUGCCGCCCAAGCGCGGGCGGGGCCGCGGGAGGGGCCGGGGCCGCGGGAGGCCGCGCAGGGAGGUCCCCGUCGCGGACGAGGCGAGCGGCGGGUGGGCCGACGACGACCUAGGUCUCCCGGCCACCCCCUCCGACUCGACCGCCGAGGAGCCCAGGCGCGGGCGCGGCAGGGGCGCCCGGGGGAGCCGCGGGCGAGGGCGCGGGCGCGGGCGACGGCCCGCCGUCGAAGCCGAGGAAGACGACGACGCGAAGGAGGUUGAUGAGGAGUUGCCACCGCCUUCUACUGCGGAGAACGGUGUGGACAAGGGCAACGAAGAGAUGCCACCGCAGGAUUCUGCCGAGGAGAAAGACACAGAAGGGGGAACGCAGAACUUGAGACCAGCAAAAAAACGCAAGAGGGAUCCUGUUGCUGACCCCUCUUCACUUGGGCCUAGGCCUGCACGACUUAGGAAGACGCUGAAUCCUCCACCUAAGGAUACAAAAAAGAGAGAUGGAACUUCAAACAUGUGUCAUCAAUGCCAGAGGAAUGACAAUGGAAGAGUCGUGCGAUGUCUGGGCUGCAAAGAAUAUAUGAGGAGAUACUGCAUGCUGUGCAUAAAUCGCUGGUAUCCACAUUUAACAGAAGAUGACUUUGUGAAUAGUUGUCCAUUUUGUCGCAAUAAUUGCAACUGCAAGACUUGUCUGCGGAAAAACAUAAUAAGCAAGGUUGACAAAUGGAAAGUAUCUGAUGAAGAUAAAAUUAAAUUCUCUCAACGAACUAUACACUUUUUGCUCCCAUGGUUGAAAAACUUCCACCAUGAGCAGAUGCAAGAGAGAAGUGUUGAGGCAGCAAUUAAAGGCAUUGAUGCAUGUGAAGUGAAGGUUCCACAAGCUAAUUGUGCAAAAAAUGAGCGGAUAUUCUGUAACAACUGCAGAACAUCUAUAGUUGACUUCCACAGAAGCUGCAAUAAGUGUUCCUAUGAUCUCUGCCUAAUUUGCUGCCGGGAGCUUCGUCUUGGGCGUUGUCCUGGUGCUGCUGCUGCAAGUAUCACGGUCCUUACACAACCUGAGGUAGAAGGCAAGGAAAAUUUGCAACAGACAAGUAGUCAUGAUAAUGCCGUGAGUCAAAAGAUUCCUGAUGGACAGAAUGGCCUGUUGAGGGACGGUGCAGUUCCUGUUGAGGAUAGUGCUGCUGCUGCAAGUAGCAUGGUCCUUGCACAACCUGAGGUAGAAGGCAAGCAAGAUUUGCAACAGACAAGUAGUCAUGAUAACGCUGUGAGUCGAAAGCUUUCUGAUGGACAGAAUGACGUGUUGAUGGACAAUGCAGUUCCUGUUGAGGAUAGUGCUGCUUUGAGUCAAUGGAGGGUAAAUAGUAAUGGAAGCAUACCUUGCCCGCCAGAUACAUUUGGUGGUUGUGGAGAUUCUGUUCUUGAACUUAAGUCAUUGUUGGAGGAGAAUGCUGUUUCUGACUUGUUGGAGAAGGCCAAUGCAGAGGGCAACAAUGAAAGAGUGCUGGAGGUGGGAGGGUCAAAAUGUUCCUGCGUCACUGACUCUGGUGAUGCGACAUCACAGAAAUUGGCUAGUAGAGAGAACUCGAGCGACAACUACAUAUAUUGCCCAAAUGCUAGAGAUGUUCAAAAUGGAGCUUUGGAUCAUUUCCAGGAGCACUGGUUGAAGGGUGAGCCUGUUAUUGUUCGUAACGUGCUUGAAUUAACUUCUGGGUUGAGCUGGGAACCAAUGGUUAUGUGGCGGGCUGUACGAGAAAAGAAAGAGAAGGAUGAACGUGAGCGGCUAUGUGUUACAGCUCUUGAGUGCCUGUCGUGGAUGGAGGUUGAAGUAAACACUCACUUCUUUUUUGAUGGGUAUUCUCGUGGGGCUGUUGGUCCAGAGGGUUUGCCCUUGUUACUCAAGCUUAAGGAUUGGCCACAACACAGCUCAUUUGAGGAGCGAUUGCCACGGCAUGGUGCCGAGUUUGUGUCUGCUUUGCCAUUUCGUGAAUAUACAGAUCAUAAAUCUGGUCCUCUUAAUCUGGCAGUGAAUCUUCCAGAUGACGUCAUAAAGCCAGACCUUGGUCCAAAGACUUACAUUGCAUAUGGCGUUGCUCAGGAAUUAGGAAUUGGUGAUUCGGUCACCAAGAUCCAUUGCGACAUGUCUGAUGCGGUCAAUAUCCUAACACAUACUGAUGAAGUAAAGCUCAAGGCAGAAAGGAUUACAGCGAUUGAGAAAAAGAAAGAGAGUUUGGCCAGAGAAGAAGACAACAGAAAUCUUCAAGCUUCACAAAUAGACCCUGAUUGUGACAUGUCAAUAGCUCUCAGUGAAGGAACUGAACAUGGCUCAGUCAUUGAGCAGGCAUUAUCUGAUGCUCUUUUAGAUGAGCGGCAUGGGGCUCAUCAAGAUGUGGUAGCAGAUGAAGCUGAGGGAAACUUGACUGUGAAUGGGCGAGUGGCCAUUGAAGGUGAAGGGGUUCACAAAGAUGUGGUAACUGAUGAAGCUGAGGGAAGCUUGAUUGUGAAUGGGCGAUCGUCCAUGGAAUGUGAUGUGGAUCAUCCAGAUCUUCCCAUUUCCAAGGAGAUAGCAGAAGACACAGUUAAUGAGAGGGAGGAUGAGGGUAAUGCUUUCAGCAGUGAAAAUAAAAGUGAAUCUCCAGAUAAUACAGGUGCUAUUUUUGAACCUACUGGUCAUCAGACCCGACCCAGACGAAGUGGCGCUCGUUAUUCUAAUUUAUCAGAGAGAGAAAUGAAAGCAAGCAAAGAGAGAAAAAAGAAAGCAAGCACAGAGAGAAAAAAGAAAGCAGGCACAGAAGAUGAGAUGCGUGGAUUUCCCAUAUAUCUUGAGCCAAAAGACGAUGGUCUCCCAUUUGCAGAGGGAAAUCAACCAGAGGGUGGUGCAUUGUGGGAUAUAUUCAGACGGGAAGACGUCAGCAAACUGCAUGAGUAUCUAACAAAGCAUUCAGUGGAGUUUAGGCAUUACAACUAUGAACCAGUGAAGCAGGUUAUUCAUCCUAUACAUGACCAGUGCUUUUACCUAACAGAUGAGCACAAGAGGAAGCUUAAGGAAGAAUAUGGAGUCGAGCCUUGGACAUUUGAACAGAAGCUUGGUGAUGCAGUCUUUAUUCCUGCAGGAUGUCCCCACCAAGUCAGAAAUUUGAAGUCAUGUAUAAAGGUUGCACUUGACUUUGUUUCUCCGGAAAAUGUACAAGAGUGUAUCAGGCUGACAGAAGAGUUCCGUCUGCUUCCAAAAGGGCAUAGGGUGAAUGAAGAUAAGCUAGAGGUUAAGAAGAUAGCUUUUCAUGCAAUCAAAAGAGCCAUUCAUGAUUUCAACAAAAAACCUGGCGACAAAAGCUCUGAUGAUGAAGGUCAAGAUAAAACUGGACGUGGUUUGAGAAAAAGAAAAUCUGUUCUGAAAAAAGGAAAACCUGGUCGUCCGAAAAGAGGAAAACCUGGUCCAAGUGAACCUGCAGAACCAGAGGAGCACGAAGAACAAUCAGCUCAGGAAAUGUCCCCAGCUGAAGAUGAAGGUGCAGAAAUGGAGUCAGACCAGGGACAAUCGGCUCUGGACAUGUCUAAAGUGAAACCUGGUGCAAGUGUCCGGCGUGGUUUGAGAAAAAGAAAACCUGGUCGUCCGAAAAAAGGGAAACCUGGUCGUCCAAAAAAAGGAAAACCUAGUCCAAGUGAACCUGCAGAACCAGAGGAGCAAGAAGAGGAAUCAGCUCAGGAAAUGUUUCCAGUUGAAGACGAAGGUGCGGAAAUGGAGGCGGACCAAGGACAAUCAGCUCUGGGCAUGUCUGAAGCGAAAGAUGGACCUGCAGAAAUGGAGGAGCAACAGGAACAGUCAGCUCUGGGCAUGUCUGAACCUAAAGAUGAACCCGCAGAAAUGGAGGAGCACCAGGAACAGUCAGCUCAGGACAUGUGUGGACCUAAAGAUGAGCCUGCAGAGAUGGAGGAGCGCCAAGAACAAUCAGCUCUGGACAUGACCGAAGCUGAAGACAAACGUGUAGAAAUGGAGGUUCACCAAGAACAACAGUCAGCUCUAGAUAUGUCUGAAGAUGAAGGCGGAGCUGCAGAAAUGAAGGGGCACCAGGGCAAGUCAGCUGAGGACGUGCCUGAAUUGAAAGAUGGAGCUGCAGAAAUGGAGGUCACGCCUGAACCUGCCAAAGAGGAGCCUGCAGAAAUGGAGGAGGGCCACAAGCGACCAGCUGAUGGCAUCCAUGAAGCUAAAGAAGAUCCUGCAGAGGCGCAUGCGCAGCAGGCUCAGGCUACCAUGCCUAGAAUGGCAUGAGGGGCAGCGCCAGGCUCUCCUGCUUGACUUUGCGCCCGUCACCCCCGAGAUCUCCGCGGCGUCGUAUUUUGACUUAGACCAUGUUCCACCUGUAUGACUAUGACCAUAGCCGUUGCAGCAUUUUGAGGGAGCGCAUCGACAAGAGAUUGUCGAGCUCCCUGACCCACGUUCCUAUAGUGGUUGUCUUAUCUGUGGGCUGUGGAAGACUGAAUGAACAGCCCUGAUUAUUUUGGUGGUAGUAUUACCUUGUAAGCUGGGACUUGCAUAUGAAGCACGCACCAUGUCAACCUCUAGUCACCGUAUUAAUUACUGUUGGGUUAGUA